AUGCAGGAGAAAGAGUUAAGCAACCUGAAGGUCGCCGUGCGAGUACGUUCACCCACACAGUGCCCCUCUCUGCACAGUGAGCCAGCCACCCCCGGCACCCGCCUCCGGCCCCACAGCGACCACGGCCGGACUCCAGCCACAGCUGCACCACCCACAGCUGCCAGCCCCACCCCUCCACCUGAUGAGGCCGCAGUCUCUCGCUUGCGGACACUUUCUAGAAAGGAGAGAGGUAGCAGGCUGAUCCAGGCAGCUAAGCAGGGAGCAGUGGGGGAGAUGCAGGCACUGCUUGCAGCAGGGGCAGACGUGGGGGCUAGGGGCUCGGAGGGGACGACUGCUCUGCACUGGGCAGCAGUGGAGGGACGCAUCGAGGCGGUGAGAUGUCUGCUGGAGGGUGGAGCAGAAGUGGACGCCAGGAGCAACGUGCAGAACACGCCUCUGCACUCAGCUGCAAGGUUUGGCCACGCAGCUGUGGUUCGGCUGCUGGUGGCGGCCUCAGCUGACCUCAACGCCAGCAAUGUGGAUGGGUGGACGCCGCUACACAGGGCCGCUGCCUAUGGGCACACAGAGGUUGUGGCUGUGCUGCUGGAGGCAGGAGCUGACAGGGGAGCGAGAGAUGACAGUGGAGCCACCCCCCGUCAUCUCGCCAGGCAGAACAACAAUCAGCAGCUUGUAGAGUUGCUGACGUGAAGCUUUCUGUACUAUGAA